AUGUUCACCGGCGAGGUGGCCUGGCUGGGGCGGCUUGUGGCGCUUUGGUGGCUGGCUGUGGGCGUGGGAGUGGGCCUUUACUUGGAGAGGUUGUCCAUGUUCGAAAUCAUCUUCCGGAUCGCGACAGUUCCAGAAGCCGCACGGAUUGGAUGCGAGGAUGUCACAGGGUUUCAAACCUGGAUGCCGGCCACUCGUGCAGCAGCUCGAGCUUUUCAGCAGCUGGAGACUGGGCGGACCAGGCUUCUCCUCGAGCUGGGCUGUGGUUUGGGCGCCCUGGGGACUGCCAUGAGCGCAGCCACGAAAACCAGCAGCUUCCUGGUUUUGACGGACAAGGAGCUGCCCGUGCUGAAGCUGGCACAAGAGACCGCGAAGACCAAUGCUUUGACGAAGUUUGACGUCGUGGCCUAUGAUUUCGUGCGAGGCCCACCGCCCUGGCGGCAGCAUGGCUUCGAGACCGUCCUGGCAGCAGAUGUGCUUUUCUUGGACCAGCUGGCGAAGCCCCUUUGGGAGGCCUUGGAGCACCUGAGUGCCAGAUACGCCGUGGUGGGGCAUCAGAUCCGCCGAGCGGUCUACAUGGACAAGAAGAGUGGUUUGCCAUGCGUGGAGCCCGACGACUCGGCGCUGGAGCUCUUCCGCACCUGCGCCCGGCCGCGCCUGCGCGGAGCCGACGCGGUCGAGGCGGAGGAGAGCGUGGCCUUGGUCAUGGCCUGGGCCAAGCGGCCGCUGGAGGAUGAACACGACGAAAAAUGGACCGUUGGGCGAGCCAGGAUGUAG